AUGGGAUCAGUCGCUCUCGAUCAGCCGCGGUCGGAUCACCUCGAAAGCUCCUACACCAUGCUGGGAGGCGCCGUCACUCCCUCGGAAUCCGCGUAUCGACCGUCGUCUCGCCACGCCGCUCCGUCAGCGCUGGAAUCCGGCAGCUCGAGGUCCGCGUCGACCAAUACCACCCCCACUUCGACUACGGCCCCGCCGUCGACGUCCGCUGCGGGCUCUGCUCGCCUCCCCUCCUCCCACCAUCCGCAGGAUGUGCCGUCCUACCUGAGUCGUCCAUCUCACCCGAACUCCCUACCUUCGACUCGGGCCUCGUCUGCCACGCCGGGUUCGACCUACGCUCAGCCCCCCUCCACCAGUCAUAUGCCUCCUUCCGCCUCCUCUCAUGCGCCGCCCCAUGUCGAAGGGACUGCCGUCCCCGCGUCGCGCCCGGACUCUCGCGCCUCGCCGGCCUCGCCCCGGCUGAGACCGACCUUCCAGUCCCUACGCUCCCUAGCCGGCUCGGAAGCCAACUCUCCCAGUCGCAUUAAAGUGCGGGAUCUGUCCCACAUCCAAAGCUUCGCCAGCGAGGAGUUCCUCGCCCAGUCACAGCGGGACCAGGCUCCCGGCCAGUGGUCUCAGGAGCGCCAGUACGAGAUUAGUUCCAUGCCGGUCACGGACAUCAUCGAGAUGGUUGCUGGGCUUCUGACCAAGAUCACUACCACCAACGACAUGCACCACGAGCAUGUCCAUCGCCAUAUCCCCCCGCCCGACGGCACGGCGAAUCUCAGCCCCCAGGCCACCAGCGUGCUGGCCUUCCACGGCAAGAAUGUCCCGAGUAUCAGCAUCCUCAGCUACCUGACUCGGAUUCACAAGUACUGCCCGACCACCUACGAGGUCUUUCUCAGUCUCCUAGUCUAUUUCGAUCGUAUGACCGAGAUGGUCAAUCAGGGUCAAUUGGAUCGCCUGCAGCGCCACUGGGAUCCCAUCCAAACCGAACCCUCCACGGUCACAACGCGGCCCGCGUCGUCGGAGGGCUCGACCGGUCCGGCGCUGCACGCCUCGCCGAUGGUCACCCCGCCGUCGUCGACCGGCAUGAGGGCUCAGGACCCCACGUCUCCUUCCAUAUCCCCGUCUUUACGUCCUCAGGAGGAAUACGAUCCCUUGUCACAUUUCUUCGUUGUCGAUAGCUUUAACAUUCAUCGGCUGGUCAUCGCCGGCGUGACCUGUGCCAGUAAAUUCUUCUCUGACGUUUUCUAUACGAAUUCACGAUAUGCAAAGGUCGGAGGACUUCCGUUGGUUGAACUCAACCACCUCGAACUGCAGUUUUUGUUGCUGAACGAUUUCCGUCUGUCGAUUCCCGUGGAAGAACUGGAGGCGUACGGAACGAUGCUUGUCGAGUUCUAUGCUCGAGAGAUUGUCACGCAGCAGCAACAGACACAACCGCCGCCCCCUCAGGCAGCAGCCACAGCGCCGUAUUCGCAGUCCGACGAGAUGUAUACGCGUCGCGAGAAGCACCGCCCCGAUCACUCGGAAGUUCGCCAGACCCCCACUCCGCCUUAA